AUGGCCGAAGUUAGACACGGAAAUUCGAGUAGCACCGCUGCCUUCAGUGGUGUGGAAUCUCUUCAUGGAACUGCUGGAUGGUGUUCCACGCAAGUCACCCUUGGCCGAGACCUUCAAAACAUGGCUUUCAGUCCAAAGAUCCACACUGAUAUCCUCAACACCGGGACUACUGCCCCUAUCGCAAAAUACAAACAUAGCCAGAGGGCUGACGGCUGGGAAAGUUCAAUACCUUGGAGUUGGGUCCCUCAUUCAUCUCAGACAGGUGCUUGGCAAGAAUGA